AUGUUGAAAGGCGGUCCUGAUCUACAUAGCGAAAUAAAAAGCAGCCGAAGCGAAAUAAAAAGCAGCCGAAUUUCUCUACUUGGGCGACACGAAGGGAGAAAGAGAAUAAAAGCCAGUUCUUCGGUUUGGCUUGCGAGACCGCAUUUCUUCGCGAAUGGACCAAGUCGAAUCGAAUUUCUUUUCAUCGUGUGUUUUUUUUUUUACACAGAAAAUGAAACACCUUGCUUUGUCACGCUCACGACCAAAUUUUUUAACAACACCACCCUAAGCAGGGACCACAAGCCACUUACAAUCAGAAUGAGAAAUACUUGCUUGCAAACAUAACACUUUUUCAAAAAUUCUGCUGAUGCCACCUUAUCUUCCAAGACGUUGGGCUCCGAUCUCGCAUUAAGAAUAUACCCCAGAAAGUAGUAGCAACCAAAAGAAAAGAACCAGAGCGGUCUUCCCUUCGCGCCAAUCCUCCGUCGAAUUUCACCGCUCGGCGAUCUUUUCGGGGUCUUCUGCUGCAGCGGUGCAUCGACCGCCUUAAUAUCUCGUGUACCUAAAGUCAAAAAAGAUUCCUCCGAAAGUAAGUAUCUCACUGCAGCAACGAAGACCCCGAGAAGGGAACUGGAGAUGCAUCUGCAUUUGCAUUUCACUGUUCUGAUGGGGCUAGUUGCUAUAGAGUACCUCCUCCGCAGUAUUUUUGUAUCUCUAUCUUCCUUUACGAUCACAGAUGGGAGCCAGAAAUGGCUGUGGUGCAAGUGUAACUUCUACGACUAAGUGCAAAAAUAUCGAAGCAAAAUGGUCAAUAAAAUUCUUCAAGAUUUACCAUGAACAUCAUCAAGACAACAAGCCUCCUCGGGUGUGUGGUCCUCCCUUCCGACUUUCUUUAUAUGAGAACCACCGCCACGCAGGAGUUCAGCUGUGUUUUUUUCAUAACUUUAUUUUUAUGAAAGUACUACAAUAACAAUAAACCCAAUUUUUACGAUUAUGACGAGUAGUUCUGGAACAGGAAUUUUCGAUAACAAACAGAGCAGAUAGGAAAACUACCCAAGAAGAUCAAAAUGAAGACUAGAGCCUUGUUUCUCCACCUCCUUAUGAAGACCAUUCCAUCCACUCUUGGCCACUAUCUGCGAGGGUUCGUUGGCGUCGGCGUUUCAGUAGCUAGUAGAGUAGCAGAUCCCGCUGCGGAUUUCCUGCUUUAAUACAGCUACCGUCGUGUGAACAACGUCAACGUCAGAGCCGUAAAGUAACCCAAAGAACUGAAAACUCAACUUUUCUCAAAUUUGUUUCGCACUUUAUUUUGGAAUUUGUAUAGGAUACUAUUUGAUGCAAUAGAAACAUCCUUCUCCUUCAAAAGUAGAUACAGCUGAUGAUGUUGAUAUGAUAAGUAGCUGCUUGCUACAACAACCAAGUAUAUGGCAACAAUUAUCGAUAUUUGGAUAUUGUGUAACUUUGUUCAUUAUGGAAACAAGAACGCAUAAGAUUAUUCAUAGAGUAAGCCACUUGGUUCUAAAAAGUUUUUUUCAAAUAGAGAGGUUAAGCAGGGUUCACGUCAAGGUUUUGAAAAUCCUAGUACAACUUCGACUUCCACUUCGUAUCCGACUUGUAUGAAAUUGCAAACAACAAAAACAUUUGAAAGAUUUGUCACGAACUGGUCCAUGGGAAAUCACGAGAAUUGCGCGUGAGUGACGCUCUUCGACUUGUUUCGGAGUCGGAAAGAUC